ACUGGCCCCGACCAGACGCUGGGUGAGCAGCCGGGAAGGUCCCGGCGAACAAGAAACGAGCGCGGGUGCAAGCCCCAGGCUGCCGCUGGGGGGCACCGCUGUGCGCUGCGCCCCGCUUCGCUCUGCGGGGGCCUUGGACACCGAACUGAGCACUGCCCUGCCGGGCAACGGGCACCGGGCGAGAGGCAGCGAAGAGCGGACGCCCCAAAGCGGGGCCUGGCUGGCGCACGGUCCCCGGCGCCCUACGACCUUUCUCCGAGUCGCCCCGCGGACUCCGCGGUCCCCGUACUUCCCAACCCAGCCAGGCGGCGCGGCGCAGCCCGCGCCCGGUCCUUGGAGGGUGUGGAAGGGUGGGUUUGGGGCCGGGGGCGGGUCUGGGGGCGGACCCGGAGGCGGGGCUGUCUCUGCGGCAGGACCCAGCUCCGCUCCCCUCGGUCUCUGUCUUUCCUCCUCCCUCCUCCUGCUCCGGGCGGAGCCCGGCAUGGGGGGGCCGGCGCCCGGCAGGCCAGUGGAUCCGGGACCCAGGGAGGGCCGCCCCCCGGGCCUGGUGGUGCUGAGCAGGACCCCUCAGCCCCCACCUUCUGUCUCACGACAUGAACCUCCUCUACCGAAAAACCAAGCUGGAGUGGAGGCAGCACAAGGAGGAGGAGGCCAAGAGGAGCUCCAGUAAGGAGGUGGCGCCUGCGGGCCCAGUAGGGCCUGGGGCUGGCCCAGGGCCUGGGGUUCGAGUUCGGGACAUCGCCUCUCUGCGCCGCUCCCUCAGGAUGGGCUUCAUGACAAUGCCAGCCUCCCAGGAGCACACCCCCCAUCCCUGCCGCAGCGCGAUGGCCCCUCGCUCUCUCUCCUGCCACUCCGUGGGCAGUAUGGACAGUGUGGGGGGUGGGCCUGGGGGAGGCGGUGGGGGUCUCACCGAGGAUAGCAGCACACGAAGACCCCCAGCCAAGCCCCGGAGACACCCCAGCACCAAGCUCAGCAUGGCAGGGUCCAGCACAGAGACUCCCCCCAGCAAGAAGGCAGGCUCACAAAAGCCAGCCCUAGAGAGCCAAGAGUCUAACCGGAAGGUUCCUCCACAGAAGCCCAGGCGAAGCCCCAACACUCAGCUCUCUGUCUCCUUUGAUGAGUCCUGUCCCCCAGCCCCCUCUCCUCGAGGGGGUAACCUGCCCCUUCAGCGCCUCAGUAGAGGGUCCAGCAUUGCUGGGGACCCUGAGGUGGGUUCCCAAGAAGAAGAGCCAGUGUACAUUGAGAUGGUGGGGGAUGUCUUCAGGGGAGGAGGGAGAGGUGGAGGGGGCCUGACUGGCCCCCCUCUUGGGGGUGGGGGCCUGACCCCUCCAGCUGGCGCUGACUCAGACUCGGAAGAGAGUGAGGCCAUAUAUGAGGAGAUGAAAUAUCCGCUGCUCGAAGAGGCAGGGGAAGGCCGGGCCAACGGGGCCCCUCCACUGACUGCCACCUCCACCUCCUCGCCACACCAGCCUCAUGCCCUCCAGCCCCACAUUCACCACCGUCCAGCCUCAGCCCUCCCAAGUCGGAGGGAUGGGACACCCACCAAGACCACACCUUGUGAAAUCCCCCCACCCUUCCCUAACCUCCUCCAGCAUCGCCCUCCACUUCUGGCCUUCCCUCAACCCAAGUCUGCUUCCCGAACCCCUGGCGAUGGGGUCUCCAGGCUACCAGUCCUCUGCCACUCCAAGGAGCCAGCUGGCUCCACCCCAGCUCCCCAAGUGCCUGCCCGAGAGCGGGAGACGCCUCCCCUACCGCCUCCGCCUCCUGCUGCCAACUUGCUGCUGCUGGGACCCUCGGGCCGGGCCCGGAGCCACUCGACACCGCUGCCACCCCAGGGCUCUGGCCAGCCCCGGGGGGAGCGGGAGCUCCCCAACUCCCACAGCAUGAUCUGCCCCAAGGCGGCAGGGGCGCUGGCAGCCCCUCCUGCCCCGGCCACCUUGCUUCCUGGCCCCCCCAAGGACAAGGCCGUGUCUUACACCAUGGUGUACUCAGCAGUCAAGGUGACCACCCACUCCGUCCUGCCAGCUGGGCCUCCCUUGGGUGCUGGGGAGCCAAAGACAGAGAAGGAGAUCUCAGUCCUCCAUGGGAUGCUGUGCACCAGCUCGAGGACCCCCAUACCUGGGAAAUCCAGCCCCCACGGCGGAGCCAUGGGUGCAGCAGCUGGGGUUCUCCACCACCGAGGCUGCCUGGCCUCCCCACACAGCCUUCCGGACCCAACUGCAGGCCCCCUGACCCCCCUCUGGACCUACCCAGCCUCAGCAGCUGGGCUUAAGAGACCCCCUGCCUAUGAAAGCCUCAAGGCUGGGGGGGUGCUGAAUAAGGGCUGUGGAAUGGGGGCCCCAUCCCCCAUGGUCAAGAUCCAGCUGCAGGAGCAAGGGACUGAUGGGGGUGCCUUUGCCAGUAUCUCCUGUGCCCACGUCAUCGCCAGUGCAGGGACACCAGAAGAAGAAGAAGAGGAGAUGGGCGCUGCAACAUUUGGGGCAGGCUGGGCUCUGCAGCGGAAGGUCCUAUAUGGAGGAAGGAAGGCAAAAGAGCUGGACAAGAUGGAAGACAAUGCCAGGUCCUGGAAUGGCAGUGCCGAGGGCCCAGCCAAGGUGGAGCGUGAAGACAGGGGUCCUAUGGCAUCAGGGAUCCCAGUGAGGAGCCAGGGGGCAGAGGGCCUGCUGACCAGGAUCCACCAUGGAGGGGACCGAGGGGGGAUCCGCACAGCACUGCCCACACCCUGCCAGACCUUUCCGGCCUGCCACCGAAAUGGAGACUUCACAGGAGGCUACCGCCUGGGGCGCUCUGCCUCCACCUCUGGAGUCCGGCAGGCCGUGCUCCACACCCCCCGGCCCUGCAGCCAGCCCCGGGAUGUCCCGAGCCAGACCCACCCUGCACUGCCGCUGCCGCUGCCCCUGCAGCCCCAGCCGGCCCGAGAGAGAGAGCGCGACGGCAAGCUGCUGGAAGUGAUCGAGCGCAAGCGCUGCGUGUGCAAGGAGAUCAAGGCGCGACACCGCCCUGACCGGGGCCUCUGCAAGCAGGAGAGCAUGCCCAUCCUCCCCAGCUGGAGGCGGGGGCCGGAGCCCCGCAAGUCCGGCACUCCGCCCUGCCGCAGGCAGCACACGGUCCUCUGGGACACUGCCAUCUGAGGAAGGAAGGAGGCCAGGGCACUGGGACCGGGGAGCGGGGCGGGGUCUCUGAGAGACUUGCCUUGAAAGAGGGACACUUGAAGAACCAGGUGAGGGAGAGAGCCAGGGAGAAUCCCUGCCCUCCAUCGAAGAUGGGGAGUCUGCCAGACCCAUCGGGCUUGGGACGCCAGCAGCAUCCCCAGAAAUCUGAGAGAGACAGAGCGUUUGCUUGAGGUUGGGAGUAAGGCCCUUGCUGCUCCCCUCCUCCUGAGAGGGCACAGGCCAAGCCAGAGGUCAGCAUGGGGGAGGAGGGAUGGGGAACGGGUCAAUUGAAGGAGAGGGACUAGAGAGUGAGAGAUGAAGGAGCUCUUAUAGAGUUGGGUAUUGGGGAGGGCGUAUUUAUUUUGUGAUUUAUUUUAGUUCAGAGGGCAAUUCUGAGCCCUCCCACCUACUCCUGAGCAAGGGGUGGGGAGAAGUUAGCAAUUAAGGGAACCACGUUUGCACUCUCCCCAAUGCCUAAAGGCCCCACCAUCCAUGCCUGCCCCAAAGCAAGGGAUUGGUCUGAGGGGCAGCAGAUUCAUUCGCAGUAUUUACAGGUCAGAGUCUGGUAGUGAGCCCGGCCCGCUGUGAAACAGGCAUCUUAUUUAGCUCUGGAGUGAGGAUCUGGCACCAGGGACGGGUGGGAUGAUGGGGAAGGAGGGAAAUUUUAGCGGGUGGGUGGAGGGCAGGGUAUUUAUUUAAAUUUUAAAAACUCAGAAGAGAUGUCAGGAAUUUUUUUUAAUUCCUUUCUUUCAGAAUAAUAUAUUAAAAGACUAAUGAUCCUAGAACUGGCUUCUUAAAUUUCAGUGUGCUCUGCCUUUCUUACAUUUGCUUCCCUUCCCCUCUGGCCCUUGGUUUGUGGGAGUUGAAGGUUGUGCAGGGAGGGUUGAGUGGCUGUGGCAAGUAACAGGGACAGGUGGAGUUUGAGGUAAGUGUUCAGGAUUACAACCAUACAGUGACUCAAUAAGCACUUAUGGAGCAUCUGAUGUGUGCUUCGCAAUGCCCCGAUGCAAAAGGAAUAUUCAAACUGAAACCUGCCUGCAAGCACCUAUGAUCUACCCAGGGAGGUGAACUGCCUGAGCUGACACUAGGCAGUGCUCCUGGAGUGAGAGGGGGAGAGGGCUGGAAUCCUCUAAGAAAGCUUCCUGGAAAGUGAGCCUAUAAGGACAGAUAAGGUUUGGAUGAGCAGGGGGAGGAGGAAAGUCCCAGUCACAGUGUGAUUGCCUGUAGAACAGCAGAAGAUGGAGUUUGGGGACACGAAGUGUGUUCAAACAAUACAGAGGGCAGUAGGGAGCCGGCCAUGAUGAAGCUUGUUCAGAAAGAUGGGCCACAAAGCAACAUGCUGGUCCUGGGGAAGGAAACCAGAGGAAUCCUGGGAGGUGGUAUAUCACCAUGGAGGAGGAUGAAAAGAAAUGUCUA